AUGACAAAGCUGUCUCAUAUUGCUUCGAAGACUGUUAUUAUUCAUCCUGGCUCCACACUUCUGCGUAUCGGUCUUGCCAUUGAUGAAAAUCCAAAAGUUUUUCUUCACUGUAUUGCACGUGAAUACAGGAAGUCUUCUAAUGAAAAUCUCUCCUGUUUUCCGUCGCGUGCGCAUUCCCUUCAGUAUUGCGCCGACAAUGAAUCGGAUAUGUCAGCCUUUUUUGAUGGCUCUUCUCAUCUCACGUCCUUGUCUAUUGAUAAUAGACUUCACGAAGCCUUAAAUAAAGCAGGAUCUCAUUCAGAACCGUCUUUAGUAACCUCGAGGUCUAAUUUCAUACCCUUUCUUCGAGGCUUCAAGGCGGUAGGUAGCGGAUGUUAUAAACUCGAAUGGCCAAUUGCAUCUGGACCUUUCAAUGAGGAGUUCACACCGUCAAACUGUGUGCAGGACCUUGAGGAUAUGUGGACAUAUGCUAUAGAGCAUUACCUAAACAUUCCAAAGGAGAAUUUUCACCACUAUUCAGUCAUCCUGUUGAUUGAAGACGUCUUUGUCCGCCGUGAGGUGCGCCAGAUCGUGGACAUGCUUCUGCGGAAUCUCAAAUUUGCCCGACUCGUGGUUCAACAGGCAAGCGUUUGUGCUACGUACGGUGUGGGGCUCCCAACUGCAUGCGUCGUCGAUUUUGGCUUCCAAAAGACUUCGAUUUCAUGCGUCGAUGAGGGCAUCUCCAUACCGGACGUCCGCGUCACGCUACCAGUGGGCGUCAGUGAUUGCCUUCGUACGCUCCAUGCUGCCAUGAAGCACCAUAGUCGCGACAAACCUCUGAUUCUUGAACGGUUGAAAGAAAUAGGCUAUCAAACAUUUCCGGACACGAAGCUUCUCUUUAAUGCAAUGUUUGACGCAGACACCGCUGUCACCAAGUGCCUGCUGGCACAGCAGUUGGAAGGCAACACGCCGAGUGACAUCACCAUUGAUAUUCCUCCCGAACACAAGCAAAGCCUCCCCGUAGCGUCUGUCGUCGGCGUGCAUCUGACCCCCUACUUCCCCAAAUCGGAAUCACUCCUGCCAGAAUACCAGACGCCUUCCAUAGAGGCCCCGGAGCCGGAUGACCCAUUUGACGAGGUCUACAUUGCGGCGACCGCGAGAGAGAAGAAACGGAAACUUCAGGUGGAUGUGCUUUCGGCUAGAGGCGACGACGUGGGUACUUUCGAUCCCAAGAUCUCCAAGGUUCAGAGACUCUCGUCGUUUAAGAACCUCGCAGAAGCAAUCAUCUGGAGCAUUCGACAAGCAGCAGCAGCAGUAGCCGCCUCUGCCAUCGAAUCGGACGUGGUCAGUGCCAGUUAUAGCGACGGCAAAUCGGACCACCUGCGACAGCGUCUGCUCGGAUGCAUCCUGCUUGUCGGAGGUGGCGCGACCAACCUCGGCGGCCACCUGCUCUCCAGACAGUUGACUCGAGAGCUGCAGCAACUGGUCGGCGAUGGAAGUACUGUUGAAGUGCUGCUCAGGCCCAGGGGCGUGGCUGAUCUCGCCUGGCAAGGCGCCAAACUCAUGCUCAACACCGACUCAAUAUCUGAUUUGUGGCUGACACCGUCUGAGUGGCUGCGCUACGGAUCCCGUCUACUGCGUGAAAAGGCGCCCUUUCCUUGGUGA